UGUCCCAGCUGUUCUGAAUUUUUCCUCAGCCAGGACCCUUCCUCUCUUUAUUCCAGCCCAGUCCGUUGUCCGACUUUGGAGGGGAGUUUUUUACCAAUCCAGUCUUUGAAAUUCCAGUGCGGAGUCACAAGGAGCGACGAGCAAUAGAGGCCAAUUCUGCGCACGUUUGAUCUCGAGGAAUUUCUCCAAAAUGCCCCUAGCCAGGUCACUUUCAGUGACUUCUUUAAAUGGCCUUCCCGACUGGGAGGAUGAGAAUUUACCCGUGGAAGAUCUAAUGCUCUUUGAGGUGUCUUGGGAAGUUACCAACAAAGUUGGUGGUAUCUACACUGUAAUACAAACAAAGGCCAAGGUCACAGCAGAUGAAUGGGGAGAAAACUAUGUGCUAAUUGGUCCAUAUUAUGAGCAUAAUGUGAAGACACAAGUGGAAGUGUUUGAACCAAAUAACUACGCCAUAAAGAAGACAAUGGAUUUCAUGAGGUAUCAAGGAUUUCGGGUUUGUUUUGGCAGAUGGUUGAUCGAGGGUAACCCGUACGUGCUGCUUUUCGACAUUGGGUCGGCAACAUGGAACCUGGACAGAUGGAAAGGAGAAUUCUGGGAUGCUUGCAACAUUGGCAUCCCACAUUAUGAUGGCGAAUCAAAUGACGCUAUAAUUUUUGGAUUUUUAACUGCCUUGUUUUUGAAAGAGCUCGCUGAACAGUUCCAUGACAAACCCAACAUCAUCGCCCACUUUCACGAGUGGCAGGCGGGUGUUGGAUUGAUUCUGAGCAGAAUACGAAAGUACCCCAUCGCAACAAUCUUCACCACCCAUGCCACAUUGCUGGGCAGGUAUUUGUGUGCUGGCAACACUGACUUUUACAACCAACUCGAUAAGUUUGAUGUUGACAAGGAAGCAGGAGAAAGACAGAUCUACCAUCGGUACUGCAUAGAAAGAGCAACAGCGCACUGUGCACACGUAUUCACGACCGUCUCUGCCAUCACCGCAAUUGAAGCAGAGAACAUGAUCAAGAAAAAGCCAGAUGUAAUCACACCUAAUGGACUGAACAUCAAGAAGUUCUCUGCCAUGCAUGAGUUUCAGAAUCUGCAUGCCCUGUACAAGUCUCGCAUCCAAGAAUUUAUUCGGGGCCACUUCUAUGGCCACCUGGAUUUCAAUUUGGAAAAGACACUCUUCUUCUUCAUUGCUGGCAGAUAUGAAUUUACAAAUAAAGGGGCUGACCUGUUCAUGGAAGCUUUGUCAAGGUUAAACUUCCUCCUUAGGGUUCAGAAAUGUGAUUUAACGGUUGUGGUAUUUUUCAUAAUGCCCGCCAAAACUCUCAACUUUAAUAUCGAAACCUUGAAGGGGCAGGCAGUCAGGAAACAGCUAUGGGAUACUGCCCAUUUAAUCAAGGAGAAAUUUGGAAAGAGACUCUAUGAAGCAUUGUUAAAAGGGGAAACUCCAGACAUGACCAAGUUCCUUGAUCGGGAUGACAUGACGAUAAUGAAAAGAGCCAUUUAUGCAAUGCAGCGUCACACAUUGCCUCCCGUGACCACCCACAACAUGCUCGACGAUGACAAGGACCCCAUCCUCAACACCAUCCGACGAAUCGGACUAUUCAACAACCGGGCUGACAGGGUCAAGAUUGUUUUUCACCCUGAGUUUCUAUCAUCCACAAGUCCACUUUUACCCAUGGACUAUGAAGAGUUUGUCCGAGGCUGUCAUCUUGGAGUAUUUCCAUCUUACUAUGAGCCUUGGGGAUAUACUCCUGCUGAGUGCACAGUGAUGGGAAUUCCCAGUGUGACCACCAAUCUCUCUGGCUUUGGUUGUUUCAUGCAGGAACACGUGGCAGACCCAACAGCUUAUGGGAUUUAUAUUGUCGAUCGGAGAUUCCGGUCUCUCGAGGACUCGUGCAAUCAGUUGACCCAGUUCAUGUUCGGGUUCUGCAAGCAGUCACGUCGCCAGAGAAUUAUCCAGAGGAAUCGGACCGAAAGACUUUCGGAACUUCUAGACUGGAGAUACCUGACCAGGUAUUACGUGCAUGCCCGCCAUCUUGCAUUGUGUAAAGCCUUCCCAGAAAAGUUUCGUAUGGAGCCAGCUGCGCCCCCACUGACGGAAGGUUUCAGAUAUCCUCGGCCAGCCUCUGUGCCCCCAUCCCCUUCUGUGUCUUUGCCUUCAAGUCCACACGAGAGUGAUGAUGAGAAUGAUGAGCAGUAUGAUGAGGAGGAGGAGGCAGAGAAGGAUCGAAGGAACAUUAAAGCACCUAUCGUGAUGAACCAGUCAGAUGCAGAGUACCAAAACUGAGUCAAUGGCUAACAUAGCCCUUUGAAGCUUCAUUUACAAUAUCUUGAUGGGAAAAUGGAAAUGCAAGAGCUAGCAAACUAAAUCCAUAUAAUCUGGUCACACAUUCUCAACUAUAUCAAGGCCAGAAUUUUUUAUGAAAGACCUGUUUGCAAAUAUACAGAGUGAACUUGUAGUGAAACUACAAUAAUUGGGGAAGAGGUGGUGCAUUUUCCCCAUUCCUGCUGCAUUGUAUCAAGCUAGUGCCGUAUGGAUUAUGCACCUUGCUGUACAUCUGGUUACGUCAUCCAUCUCUCGGCGUUAUAGAAGUUAAUUCCAGUAAUGAAUUUCCACUUUAAGGAAAAAUGAACUGUCAAAACCGUCCUUGAUUCCAUUGCACACACUAUCUCUAUAAAUUUCUUAGAAAAAUUAUAAGAAUAUUAGUUAUAUUACAUGAUAUUUGGUCUUUGGGAAAUACUUUCUGUAAUCAGUUUUUGAAUUGAAGGCGUGGCUGGCCAUGAUGUUUAUCACUAAAUGCCCAAUGCUUUAGAAUCCAUGAACUGAAGGACCUCCCAAGAUUUGUCACUUGAACUGAUAUUUUAGUGUAGAGGUUGAAGUUUAUUAUAACUACUUUUGACACGCACAGUACUAGUAAACAAAAUCAGAUUGUAAUAGUGUGAUUGGAAGCACUUUUUUGGAUGCUAAUCAUCAUUGUUGUCCCAUUCACUGAAGACCACUUACACCACUACUUCCACUACCAAGCACUUGCCCACCCCAGCCCCCUAUAUGAAAUGGUGCACUUUCAUCAUCCUAUCCCCAAUGCAAAAGAAGACAAUAUAAUUUGAAAUGGACUCCUUCACGACAAUGCAGCUAAGAAUCUCUUCUAUAACUGGAGAAUACCAAUUCGUAACUGGUUACAUGUUACAAGAUAUUCCUGCUGUAUAACUUGCUUUUUUUCUUACAACCACACUUUUAUUCACACCACAGGUUGGGUAUUUUCUAUUGGUUCCUAGUAAGAAUAAUUUCCACCUUUCUGCAUUUCUUUGCAACUUGUGAUUUUUAGAAUAUUUUGUAGCUGUAUUUAUAAUCUAAAGUUGCCUUGGGAAGAAAUGUAUCCAAUUUCAACCAGUUUUCAAUCCGUUCCACAAAGGUCAGUCAUACUGCAAGAAGUGAGAAGCUUAAAACUAAUCGCUGCUAUCAGUAUGGACUGAAUAUUGCAACUAAUUAGCACAUCACAACUUGCUUCUGGAACCAGACUGAGAUUAAAAAUUUUACUUCCUCUGAGUGGAAAGUCUGAAAUAUGACUGUCACUGCAUAUCUUGCCCAUAAGGCAAGAAAAUCUUUUAGUUUAAUGCUGGACUGUACUGAAGCAUGUAGGGAAUAGAAAAUACCCACUCAAGUUAUUCCACAGACUUAAGGUAGAGUUAAUCUGAUUUGAAUUCCUUCAAGCAAAACUGUUCAUUUCUAUCAAGGUUCUCUCACCCCUGUAAGCACCAUUACAGGGAUACAGCAAAAGGUGAUGGUAUAUUUCCAAGCUGGAUAACCUAGGAGUGAUGCACCAGCUCUGUUGUUUUCCUAAACCUUAACAGCUGUUCCAAAAUGCAUCAGCAUCAUUAAGUCACCACACAUUGCUUAACUACAAAGCUUUGCUUUAAAUAGUGGCAUGUGCUGCCAAACAACUUAAAUUCUAUGAACUGACAAACACGUGAAAUAUUUAGUUCAUUGUUUGGAUUUGUGUUGUAAAAGCCAGAAAAGGACAAAGGAUUUCAGUACCUUGUGUAUUGUCUCUAUUUUAAUAUCUAAUAUGUUGUUAUCUUUAUCUUAUUUUGACAUUAAGGUUUCUAAAAUGUCCUUGGCAAGGAGUUUGACUUGCAUAAUUAUGUCUGUAUAAAAGAAAUGACAAGUUGAUCUCCUAACCAGCACUUAUUCGGAGAGGAUGGAAGGAGAACUGUGCUUAGUCAUGAGUUACGUGGGCAGAAGUCUCCAGUACAGUCAGGUCCUAGCUAUUCAAUAGCCUUGGGUAGCAAUGGCAAAAAUUAGCUAGUAAACAUGUUACUGCUUUGAGCAGUGCAAAGGGCAAUAAAAUGUGUCCAGUGAGAAAGGUAAUCAGUGGUUUAUCUCUGAAUCAGACUGCAAAAGUCCACAGGUAAUGCAGUAGGAAUGAGAUUAAUGUAGUGACGGUAUACACAGACUGGUUUUAAUAGAUGCUGUUUUAUAAUUGCAGCAAUUAAUGAUCCAUUUUACAUAAUGUAGAAGCAAUUGCAAUGACUAACUGCCACCUUAGUUUCUGAAAACCGUUCAAAAAUGUUCAACACUACAGUUUCAUCUCAAUUAGAAACUUUCAUUUUCAUUCUGGCUAAAUGUGAAGUUUGCAUUAUUUUGCCAAACUGUUAAAUGUUAAUUUUCAUAACAUUGGCCUGUAAGUGCAAAGACUGCAAAUUAAUAUUUUGGACUUGCUUGCCACUAGCUCUGAACCAGAAAUUACAGACUACAUGAACUUCUUAAUUUCAAAUCACAGUACAUCAUACAAUGUCCAAUUUGCUCUUUAUCCAAGUUUAAUUUUGGUAUCUUUUAAAUGUUUACUUAUGUGAUCAGUGUUCUUGUUUGUUAUGCUGUAGUAGGAUAUCAGAUGAUAUAUUCUGCUACUGGGACAGCACUGCCAGCACAAAACACUAUGGAUAAAUAUUGAUAUCCAAAAACUAAUUUAUUUUGAUUAAUACUAAUUGGGUGUAAUUGACAAUCGGUGUGCAAUAAAUAUGUAAUAUUUAAGCUCUUAAACUUGUAUUAAAAAAAAUUCUCCAUUC